UUCAUCAUAAUUUCCAAAUUUCACAAAUUCCCCCAAUUAAAAAAAAAAUCUAAUUUUCCUGCAAUUCGUUGGAUCAGCAAUCUGAAAUUUUAGGGUUCCACAAUGGGCAGGAGGAACGAAGAUGAAUUACAAUUGGCUAUUUACCGACCGCCGCUUUUCAUGGGCGGCUGCUUGGAGAUUCGUCUCUUCUACGUCCGCAUCGCCCCCUGCGCGGUGGACAACCUCCCCGACCAGCUCAAGCUCCGCCACCUCCGCCGCGAGGUCGGCGUUUCGUUGGAGAUCAACGGCUCCCGCGUCCCCUCGUCGGAAACCGUUUCCGUCACCCUCCGCCGCGAUCGCGUGGAUAAGGAUUCAUCCGAGGCGACGUACGUCAGCACGGACAGCGUGAAGCUCUCGGGCCCCGCGGAAUUCGAGGUGUGCGAGGAGAAGGACGAUUUGGAUUUGAUCCUGUGCGGCUCGCUGCAGAGAGCGGACGCUGCAUCCGCGUGGAGCAGCGACACCUCCAUGUCGGAUAACGAUUCGAAAACCGGGUGGGGUAUGGAGUGCUACGUGGCGAAUUCGAUAGCCAACGGCAAGUCUUCGCUCCUCCAGACGAAGAAAGGGAUUUGCUCUCCGACCAUCGAGGUUUAUAUUGCCGGGUGCUGCAAUGGCACGCCCGUAAUUUUGAUGAAGACUGUUUUGAUUAGCCCUAGGAGGAAGGUUAGGCAAGGUAUGAUGCUCGAUGCUAUUCCGGAGGACGAAGAAACGGGGAAGGAGCAGAGGAGUUUGUCUAAUGGGAUGGUGAGGCAGAGGAAAUUGCAGCUUAUGGCAGCUGAGAUGGAUGAAUAUGAACCAAAAGGAGAAAUCGGACACAAUUACUACUCCGAAGAAAUGUACCCCGGCGAAGAUGGACAGCUGUCGUGGUUCAAUUCUGGUGUAAGAGUCGGUGUCGGAAUUGGGCUUGGAAUGUGCCUCGGCGUUGGAAUUGGUGUGGGCCUACUUAUGCGAUCAUACCAAGCUACAACUAGGAAUUUCAGGAGGAGAUUUUUCUAAAAAUCUUUUUAUACUUCUUAAAGAUCUCCGGCGGCAAUGCCUCAACGUAGCAGCGCCGCUCUUCAAUCGCACGCCCUGCCACUAGUCGUGACGCUCAAUUGCAUCGAAGACACGGUGCUGGAGCAGGAAUGCCUCUCCGGCGUGGCGCAGGUGGAGCACGUGCCGCUCAGCCGGCUGGCGGACUCGCGGAUCGAGUCGGCGGCGGCGGUCCUCCUCCACUCGCUCUCGUUCCUCCCACGCGCCGCGCAGCGCCGGCUCCGCCCCUGGCAGAUGAUUCUGUGCCUCGGCUCCUCCGACCGCGCCGUCGACUCGGCUCUCGCGGCCGAUCUCGGGCUGAGCCGGCUGAUCCACGUCGACGUCAGCCGAGCCGAGGAGGUGGCGGACACAGUGAUGGCGCUUAUUUUGGGGCUACUCAGGCGCACGCAUCUGCUCUCGAGGCACGCGCUCUCGGCUUCGGGGUGGCUCGGCUCGGUGCAGCCGCUCUGCCGCGGGAUGCGCCGGUGCCGUGGAUUGGUUUUGGGGAUUAUUGGUAGAUCUGCCUCUGCGAUGUCGUUGGCUAGCAGGAGCUUGGCGUUUAAGAUGAGUGUCCUGUAUUUUGAUGUGCAAGAGGGAAAUGGUAUAGUAAGUAGAUCUUCUUUAAGAUUUCCAUCUGCAGCCAGAAAAAUGGAUACACUUAAUGACUUGCUUGCCGCAAGUGACCUCAUAUCGCUGCACUGUGCUCUCACUAACGAUACGAUUCAAAUUAUCAAUGCAGAUUGUUUGCAGCAUAUAAAGCCUGGGGCAUUCCUUGUAAAUACUGGGAGCAGCCAGCUGCUGGAUGAUUGUGCAGUGAAACAACUUUUAAUUGAAGGCACGCUUGCAGGCUGUGCCUUGGAUGGCGCUGAAGGGCCACAAUGGAUGGAAGCAUGGCUUAGGGAGAUGCCCAAUGUUCUGAUACUUCCCCGAAGUGCAGACUACAGUGAAGAAGUAUGGAUGGAGAUAAGGGAAAAGGCUAUUUCCAUACUACAGCAAUUCUUCGUUGACAACGUCGUCCCAAAGAAUGCUGUAUCAGACGAGGAAGAAGAGGAAACAGAGGUGGAAUAUGAGAACGAGCAGACUCGCACACUAGAGAAUCAAGCAUCUUUCCAAAGUUCAGUUGAUGAUGGACUGACUGAAGAUAUUCAGCAAGUGGCCGAAAGCUCCCAGAAAAAGGUCUCAAACAAGUCAAAAGAGGCUCCCUCGCAAAAUCAAGGUUCCGUUUUGGCUCAAGGUACCUCGAAUAGAUCGGAAAUAAAGAGAAGCAGAUCGAGUAAGAAGGCUAAAAAGAGGCACGGCCGCCAAAAAUCCCAGAAUAAAGCUGACGAUGCUUUGACUUUCGAAAAGGAGAGUACUUCGUACAGAGAAGACGAUGCUAAUAUGAGCGGCACAGAUCAAGUGUUGAGUUCUAGUUCACGUUUUGCUUCACCUGAUGAUUCGAAAGCAGAGUUAUCUCCAGAGCUGCGAUUGAAAUCGAGCGUAGAUAUUAAUAAAAGAUUAGGUGAAGUGCUGAAAGAUGGAUAUAUUGUUGCUUUACACGCGAGAGAUCGUUCAGGGCUUCAUGUCUCGAGGCAAAGAGCUCAAGGUGGUGGUUGGUUUCUUGAUUCAUUGUCGGAUAUAACGAAAAGAGACCCUGCAGCUCAGUUCCUGGUUGUAUUUAGAAGCAAGGAUACAAUUGGUUUUAGAUCAUUUACUGCUGGAGGAAAGUUAUUACAGAUAAAUAGGAGGAUGGAAUUUGUAUUCGCUAGUCAUAGUUUUGAUGUUUGGGAGAGCUGGACAUUUGAAGGUUCUUUGGAAGAGUGCAGGCUCGUGAAUUGUAGAAAUCCUCUGGCUGUGUUGGAUGUACGCAUUGAAAUCGUUGCAGCUCUAGGUGAAGAUGGUGUUACUCGCUGGCUCGAUUAAUAGGGCUAUAAAUUGCAGCCUGGAAAUUAUAGCAUGACAAUUUGUUUACAUUGAGGUUUUGAGAUGUCGACUCGACCAAGAGAGCCAUUGUUUGUAAGAAAUUUACGAUUUUUAACGUUGGAAAUCGUGAUGGUGUAUUCCUGUUUUUAUUUGAUGAUUGCUAAUCUCUCUGGGAUAAUAUAGUUGUAGUUGAAAGAUUAAUUUAAUUGUUGCUUGCUUAUUUCA